AUGUUCAAACCAACGCAGUCAAUGUUGGCGCGCGGUCGCUUGCGCUUGACCACCAAGCAAGUCAAUGGCGGAUACUACAAGGGAAACCGCACCGGCUCCAUGGGUGGCUGGGACAAGAGAGGCACAUACAAGCCUGAUUUCUCCAAGCACCGUGUCUACAUGGCCCCGGAAAAGCUCGAAGUUCCUGGAAAAUACUACCCCGAGGACCAACGAAAGGAGCCCUUCCUGCUCGCCCCUUUCAUCACAAAGCACAUGCGCCAGACGCCUUCAAACUACGUCCAAGAUAUCGAGAGAAAUGGCAGGAAGUCCACUGUGAUCCGAGGAUUCCAGGGUACGGACUAUUUGCAGAUGUGGGCGGACACCCCCGAGGCCGAGGAGGCCCGAACAACACAACCGAAGCCCGAGAAGAUUGAAACUGUGCCGACUGUCCAACUCGAGCAGAUUGAGCAACAAAAGCUCCCCACAAAGCCAAGCCGCAAGGUUCCUCAGCCCGAGCCCGAGACCAAGACCAAGAAGUCGAAGAAACCGCUAUCUGCAAGACUUUUCUAG